UUGCCCCAAAAGCUUUAGGAAAUUCAAGUGAAAUAAAAACAGACGAGGGGUUGAGAACAUAAGGUAGGCCUAAAUGGCCAAUAGAUCCAAUGUUGAACUGUUUGGACUUGUACUUGUUAUAUUGACCUGUCUGUUUAAAUGGGGAAUUACCUCCAAUCCAGGAGUGGUAGAUACGUGCCCUGAUACUGAGGCAGCGUGGAAUGAGCGAGCCUUGAGCCAGUCCACCAGCUGUGGGGGACAGAGUGUGUAUCACUGCCUCCUGGACGAGGAUGGAGAGAAGAGGGAAGUGUGUGUGGAGAAAUCCCUCCUCAAAGCAGGUUACUGCCCUCUUGUUACACAGAGUAACUUUCUGGACUGGAAUCCAUGCAAUCUCACCAAUCCAGGAUGUCCCAAUACCAGCUUCAUCUCAAACGAAGUUUACAAAUUCCCAUAUUGUUUUGGAGACAACACGCCAUCUCCAAUAAAGCAGAAUGAGAAUGGACAGGAUAUUAGUCCUGGGACAGUAGCAGGAAUUGUGGUUGUAAUAGUUUUUCUAUUAUUGGUCAUCAUAGGUUUUUUCCUGGUGUAUCAAAGGAGGAUGGGGCGUAAUUAUGUUGCAAAAGAUCCUGAGGGCCAUCCUUUGAUGCCUACAGGUUCUCAACGGGAAGUUGUAAAAGCUCACCAUGUUAUGGAUGGUAUGGCAGUGUUGAAGAAACAGGACUCUCUCCUUAUAACGGGGAAGCUGGGUACUGCAGUAACCAGCACUGCAGACAGCAUCAUGGAGGAGUACGUUAAAAAGAAUACUGACUGGAAGGUUAGACACAGUAAAUACCAGGAACUCCCCGUCCGAUUUGAUCCAAAGACAAUUUACUUUGUGUAUGGAUGGUUUGGACUGUGGAAUGAUAAUCCCUGUGAUUUGGAUGCAGUCAUACUGGCAUUUAACACUCUUACAAAUGCUCACAAAGGAAAGAAAAACAAAUUUAUUAUUGGAAUGAGAUCUGAUGUCAACAAAAGAUAUGCAUCUCAAUUAGAACGAUUUGAAGAUAAUUUAUUACACAAUUCAAUAUCUUUAGAUUCUGUUAACUUUUUGAGAGAUAAAGGAUAUGAAGUUUUUUUUAAUGAGAAAGUUAAAGGCAGUUGUGAGGACAAGAACUGCAAGUGCAAGAAUUUGAAAUUUGACAUGUUGACAAAAGAAAAGGAAAAUAAAAUUGGAAUUCCCCUGAAAAUGAAUGUUUUGGCAAAGCAUCAUAACAUGAUUGCAGAGUUUGUUAAACGGAAGAACAUAAAAGAGACGGUAAAGGAGCAUUUUAAAUCUUUAAAAGACACAGAUGGAUUGUUAUACCAGUGUCUCAUGUACGUCUGCAUGAAAGGAGAGCUGAAAAGGUCUGCAGCUUUAGAUAAAGGAAUAGUCAGUAAAUUUAAAUUUGAAAUUUCAAAGAAGGUUUUUGAAGAAAGUAUGCCCAACUUAGAAAGCUACAUCCGAAUGAAGAAUUCCGAGAAACAGCAGGGAAUCCAGCCUGAAGCAGCGACGUAUGUGUUCUGGCAUUCCUUUAUCUACAUCUGUGCUUUCCACACUCUGUUUGAAACAAACCCUGACGAAGUCAUGACCUGCUGCAAUAUUGAUGCUAUACUCCAACUUGUGCGGCCAGAAUCGGCAGAAUCCCACAAGAAGGACUACUUUGUUGUCAUCGCUGACCAAGAAAGGGUCAAGUUGUUCCAGAAACGCGUCAAGGAUGAUGGAAUGGAGGAUGAAGUGUUAGCUAAGCAUCCUUUACUUAAAUUCAACGCUGAGGGAAACCCUGGAGGAUCUUGAACUCUUCUGAUGAACUUUUUUUACCUAAAAACCUGCCUGUUUUAUUGUCUGAUGAACAAAAUGCAUGAUUAGAAUUUUUUUGGUAAAUUUAUUAUUUUAAUAUUGUAAGACAGUGCUUGUUGCAAGCUGUUUUGAAAUUAUGGAUUAAUUCCCUUAUAUUAUAGUGCAUGAGGUAUUUGUCAUGUGAAAGUUGCCUUGAAUAUUAGUAGUAUUUAAAAGGAGAACUGAGUUUUGUGUUCAAAAAAGUAUGAGAUCAUUAAAAAAAAUUGAUGUGCUUAUUGAAAUUAAGUGUGAAGUAUACAAGGAAACCCUAAAAUACUAGAAAUCUUACCUGCAGUAUUUGAUUUGUAAUGUCCUGUAUAUAUUCCAUUAGCUAUAAGCUUCUGUAUGGAGGUGUUUCACAAUCACAAGUCAUUUCUUCCCUCUAAUUUUGGAAAUAUUCAUGCUAUAGUGUAAUGUAAAUGUUAUUGUGGCUAUAUUUUUAUGAGACAAAUAUCCAGUUAUAUCCUGAGACAGCUUUUUUUAAAGAUAGAAAUGUUAUUUUUUCAAUGAAUAUGGUUUAAUACAUGUAUUCUACCUUCAUCAGUGUUUUCCCUUUAUUUCAAAGUAAAGAGUUAGAGAUCAGUUGUAACAGGCUAGAGGCUAAGGUUUAUGAACAGAAUCUCUGUGGACCUUACAACAAAUUUUUAUUUCAAAGCAGCAUUUUUGUCAAUUAAAGUGGACAAUUUGGCCAGUAGCCGGUUCUUAGGGAAAACACUGCUUCUUACACAUGUUAGUAUAAUACAUGUAUAUAACAAUUUUAAGUAUGAUUUGGGUUUAUUUAAACAUGAUUUUUAAAAAGGGCAUUAAAUAUGGGGGGGGGGGGGGGCUGUACAUGUCAAUUUCUUGCAGAAAAAGAAAAUUAACAUUGUACAAGUAUAAGCAAUUUCACACUUCAGUGAACUUGUUAAAGUCAGUGGUAUUGGUUCAAUGAAAAAAGUAAAUUCUUCACUGGGUUAUACAAAAGUUUGUAACAAAAACUUGAGCUAGUUGUUGUUGGGGGGGGGAUGACAUGAGCAUGAAGUUGUAAUUUUAUUAAGGCAUUUAAUUUAGUGUCAAUCAAUUUGUCUUCUUAAUUGAUUGUUUUGGUAAGCCUAAGGUUGAGAAUUCCUUUUACAGUGUGUUGAAAUAUGUUGUUUAUGCAUUUUUCCUGACCUAUUGGCCUAUAUAUUUUUUAUUUAAAUUAUUUUGUUAAUUUUUCAAAUGAAGCAUAACUCCUCAACUAAGUUUGGGGAAUGUUAACAUGACUGCACAUCAUGCCAUUAGUCAUUUGUUGUAAAUUAUUUACAUGUUCAAGAUAUAUACAACAUAGUUUUGAAAAUUCAAUUAAAAAUAAAUGGUAUUAACUGCAUGAUGGAGCUUUGAUCUUAUAAAUGAUGUCUGCAUGGUAAUGUUGUACACCUUUUCAUCUGUUGAAACUCCUGAUGAUAUAUGAUUUUUUUGCUUACUUUAUGAAUAUCUUUAAAUAGGACAGGUGCAUUGUUACAUUUCAAGUAUAAGUAUCUUGUGUAAGCCCUUUAUACAGUUUGUUAUAGAAUAACACAAUGUCAUAAUUUACCUAAAGAUUUUCAGACUAGCCACGUAUUGAAUAUUAAAACCAUACUGGGCAUUAGAAUUUUUUUUUUUUUUUUUUUGCACUCUAAUUUUUGUUUUGUAAAUCUUUAAAAAAUAAUAAUAAACUAAUAAAAGUAAACAUGAAUUUAUUUUACAUUUGACUCAAAACAUUAUUAUAUACAUGUACAUGUAUGCACAUAAUUCUGCAUUCAUUUUGCAAUAAUAUGAAAUGAAUAUCGUCAGCAUAUGUUACCGUAUAUUGUUUGUAAUACUUGUGUAAAACUAUAGCGCAUGGCUGCAUUAUUGUAAUAAAAGUUUUAAACCUGAG